AUGAUGCCUUUUAACAGCGACGGCAUGACUGUGGUUAGAAGAUGCCUUCUGACGUUCAAGCCCUUCAGGAUUUUUGUGGUAGGGCUUGGCUUCUUCAGCCUCUGCUUCUUAAUGACCUCUCUGGGGGGGCAGUUCUCGGCCAAACGGCUUGGAGACUCUCCUUUCACCAUUCGCACAGAAGUACUAGGAGGGCCAGAGUCUCGUGGAGUUCUGAAGAAAAUCAGUGACAUGUUGGAGAUUAUUUUGAAGAGAACUGAUACUCUGGCAAAACUCAGCAACACCAGCAAAAGCUACAGGGCAGGGGGGCAUUUUGUCCCUGAUCAGAUGCCAACACCAAUGGGACUAGUGGAACGGAUUCAGGCCAUUGCUCAGAAUGUGUCUGAAAUGGCUGUGCGGGUGGAACAGAUGCUGAAGAAAAGUAAAAGUUCUGCCACAGAUGGAAUGGCAGGGCAGUGCGAAAUCCCAAAAGAUCCUGGCUACCCAGACUGCGCAAGUAAAGUUGAUUGGAUGAGGGCCAGAUGGACGUCAGACCCCUGCUACGCCUUCUAUGGAGUUGAUGGCUCUGACUGCUCCUUCCUCAUCUACCUUAGUGAGGUGGAGUGGUUCUGUCCCCUGCUUGCCUGGAGGAAUCAGAGCAUUCAGGCCACCAUCAGCACUGCACCAAAGACACAAGCAAUAGUUCGUGCUGAUAUGGGCCCUCUGCUGGAGCAGGUCAGUUCAGGGAAAGAGUCUCUGAGCUUCAUGAGGAGGCGGAUACGCAGGUUGGCCAUGCAGUGGGCUGGAGCUGCUCGCAGGCUGGACAAGCGUCUACGCAGCCAACAGAGGCAGCAGAAGAGGGUGCUUGUGCAUGUGGGUUUUCUGACUGAGGAGUCUGGUGAUGUGUUCAGUCCUAAGGUGUUAAAGGGAGGGCCGCUGGGUGAAAUGGUGCAGUGGGCUGAUAUCCUCAGUGCACUUCAUGUGCUGGGACAUAAUCUCAAGAUUUCACUGUCAGUCAAAGAGCUGCAUGGGUUUCUUGGUGUUCCACCAGGAAGAGGAAGCUGCCCAUUGCGAGGACCUUUGCCCUUUGACCUCAUCUACACUGACUACCAUGGACUGCAGCAGAUGAAGCAACACAUGGGCCUCUCCCUCAAAAAGCACAAAUGUCAUAUCCGGGUGAUUGACACAUUUGGUACAGAGCCGGCAUAUAACCAUGAGGAAUACGCUGCCCUGCAUGGCUACAGGACCAACUGGGGCUACUGGAACCUCAACUGCAGACAAUACAUGACCAUGUUCCCACAUACUCCUGACAACUCAUUCAUGGGCUUUGCUGCUGAAGAACUAAACCACACAGAGGCGUUCAACAUUCAGAGAGAGAAAGUCAACAAUAUGGCAGUGAUCUAUGGCAAAGAGGCCAGUAUGUGGAAGGUGAGUGGGAAAGACAAGUUUCUCACCAUCCUGCACCGCAACAUGGACAUUCAUGGAACAGUCUAUUAUGAAGCCCAGCGGCCUCCAGAAAUCCCUGCCUUUGUCAGAAACCAUGGCUUGUUGCCUCAACAUGAGCUUCAGCAGCUUCUUCGAAAGGCCAAGCUUUUCGUAGGAUUUGGCUUUCCUUAUGAAGGUCCUGCCCCCUUGGAGGCCAUAGCCAAUGGCUGCAUUUUCCUUCAGCCCAAAUUCCAUCCACCUCGAAGCUCUCUCAACAACGAGUUCUUCAGAGGGAAGCCCAUGUCCAGAGAGGUGUCUUCUCAACACCCCUACACUGAGCAGUACAUUGGCAGACCGCACGUCAUUACUGUGGACUAUAACAACUCAGAGGAAAUUGAGGCGACCAUUAAGGAAAUCCUAAAAGCUAAGGUAGAGCCCUUCUUGCCUUAUGAAUACACCUCUGAAGGAAUGCUAGAAAGACUGAAUGCUUACAUCCAUCAUCAGGACUUCUGUUGCAUCAAUAGCCCCUUUCCAUCAGCCAAUGAGUCCAAACUGUGGCCAGGGAAUCCACCAAACCCUUUCAUCCUCAUGCCCAAUUGCACAGGUGUGGUAUGGGCUUCAAACAUCAGUGCUCCAUCAUCUUGGCCCCCUCUCAGUGCCCUGAGGCUGCUCCUCAGUCCUGAGGCUUCAUCAUGUGUAAAGACAUGCCAGGAUGCUGGCCUCAUCUGUGAACCUGCCUUCUUCCCUUUCAUUAACAAUAUGGAGGCCUUCAAUGGGAUUGAUGUUCAGUGUGAGGCUUUGGAAAUGGAGAUGAACCACUUAUUUCCAGCUGUGGCUGUCAAGGGGAGAGAAUGUUUCCUGCAGAAGGAAGCGCUCCUGUUCAGCUGUGCUGGGAUCAGCACCAAACACCGACGCCUUUGUCCCUGUAGAGACUUCCUCCAGGGCCAGGUGGCACUGUGCAAGGAUUGUCUCUGAGAUCUAUAGAACACUGAGACCAGAUACUAAGCCAAAUAACGUGAUGGCCUUCCCAUAAACAUUAAGGCCUAAUGAACUAAUCCACUCAUGCCUGAAUACAAUGGAUCCCUCAAGAAAUUAGAUAUACGAAACAUAUCACAACUGAGAUUGGACAAAACAAACAGUCAGACAUCUACAAUUUCCAGACUGCUUGGGCCAGCUUCAGGAUCAAACUGCUUAAGCCAGUAUUAUUUUUCUUUUGAUGUAGAUGGCAAAAACAGAUAUUUUUCCACAAUUAUUGUUUGAAUAUUGUUCUUUCCAAAUGCAAACAAAGCAUUGAAACAACUGAAAAUGCUGAUUUUUAUAAACAAAUGAGGUAAAUGGUAUAAGUGUACUGUUCACUGUUCUGUAGUAUCCUAACAUCUUUUAAAGUUGUUCUUUUCCCCCCCAAACUUCAAGAUAUUAUCAGAAGCCAGAACUCAUUUGGAAACUGGUAUAACCAGCAUCUGAAAAGGCAGCACUCUCUCAAUAUAAUCAUCUCUCGACAACACAACAGCAAUAUUCAUACAGAGAUAAGAGUCAUUUUGUAGAAUGUCUCCUGCAAUCAACUGCAGUAAAACACAGUGGGCCUCAUUUAUUAAUAUAUUUGUACAAGUUGUGUGUAAAUGUUUGGAUAAGACAAACCAACUAAAAAA